AUGUCGGUGCCAGAUGGAAUUGGCGACCCCAUUCCUCCUAAUGAGAUCCAUCCCGUCAGUUUUAGACUGCCCACUUGGCGGGUGGUCGAGGGGCUUAUGGAAGACGAGCCGUGGGUCACUAGCAAACUUCGUACUGGUUAUCCACGAUUCUCAAUCCAUCCUAAAGUACAGCUUCUGGCUGCUGAUAUCAUCUCGCGGUUUGGUGAUCCAGGUGAUAAAUGUCUGCUAUUUCCGUUUUAUGAUGCUGCUGUCAGAUGUAAGGAGUUCAUCGAGAGACACAGUGAACUGCCUAAUGUUAAGGUCCGUGUAUCAGGAUUCACCACAACUGACAAAUCAGACAAGAAGAAACAGAAUGAUCCCAGUGCCCCGCUGGCCACUUUGACUAUUUUUGCGACGUUCAUGCCCGAAUCAGAGUUUGCGGUCGGUAAACUGUACCUGCGAGUAUCAGGCGAGGCCAUUGGUUCUCGUCUGGGGGCGUAUCUCUGUCAAUGUCCUCGUUUAGAACCCACCGGUUCGCACACUUCGUCUAGAGAGCUUUAUGCUACAGAUUCGAAAUCUGUUUUGAAAAAACGGAUUGCCAGUCUCAUUAAUGACACUGCCAGUCUAUCUAAAGUGCCUACUCCCAAGGCAGUUGAAGAAGAUGUGUUUUUAUUUCCCAGUGGUCUGACUGCCAUUUUCAACGCCCAUAGAGCUGUGCUACAGGCUAUUGGCGAGUAUAAAAGUGUCUGUUAUGGAUUUGCUUUCACUGAUACUAUCAAGCUGCUGGCCAAGGUGGGCCCUGGAUCUCAUUUCUAUGGUAAUGGUGAAGCUGAGGAUCUUGACAGUCUUACCAAACUACUUGAAUCCGGUGAGAGAAUUACUGCCUUGUUCUGUGAAGUGCCAACCAACCCUCUGCUGAAAACACCUGAUUUGUUGGCCAUUCGCAAGCUUGCUGACAAGUAUAACUUUGCAGUUGUAGUUGACGACACUCUGGCCAACUACGUGAAUCUGAACCUGUUUCCCUAUGCCGAUAUCGUGUGUUGCAGUCUGACCAAGAUAUUCAACGGAGCAUGUGAUGCUUUAGGCGGCAGUCUUGUUCUGAACCCCGACAGUAAAUACUACAACCAACUCAAACAAGCCAGCACCAAGUUUGUCGACUUUCUCUGGUAUCAGGAUGCCGAUGUGUUAGAAAAGAACAGUCGCGACGUCGUCGAGCGUGCGUACAAGAGCAAUACCAACAGUCAAGCUGUAGUGGAUCUGCUGAACAAAAGUCCUGUCAUAGACACCGUCUACUACCCCAGCAAUUCACCCACCAGAAAGCACUAUGAAGAGCUCAUGGUCGAAAAGGGCGGCUAUGGUUCGCUCUUCUCAAUCCUCUUUAAAGACCCUAUCAAUGCCCAACGAUUCUACGACGCCCUCGACAUCGACAAAGGCCCCAGUCUCGGCACCAACUUCACCCUCUGCUGCCCCUUCCCGAUGCUGGCCCACUACAGCGAGCUAGACUACGUCAGCACCUUCGGCGUUGACCGCAACCUGAUCCGCGUCAGCAUCGGCCUCGAGCCCACAGCCGACUUGGUCGCCAAAUUCGACCGGGCCCUGGCCGCCUGUAAUUAG